AAAUAAUUAUAUAAGCACAGCACGCCGGCCCGACAUUCCCCCGCCGCAACCAACUUUGAUAUCUUUCUCCGGCACACAGCCAACCCAUUAGCAGAAGACAGUCCAAUUCCAUCACAAUGCCUCCCAGGCUGCAACUGCUGUCGCUCCCGCGGCCGCAAGGCUGGUUCUCGAAAACUGCCCAGCCUUUUACCUCACCACUGUCGUUCCUGCUCCCGCAGCUGCAGCCGCAAAGCCGCAACGCCCACAUCCUCGCUUCGCUUUCCGAUAACCCGGGAGCGUUCAGUAAAAAGACUCGACGCGGUCGGGGUCCGGCUUCGGGGAAGGGAAAGACGUCCGGUCGGGGUCAUAAGGGUCAGAAGCAGCAUGGAAAGGUCCCCACGGGGUUCAAUGGUGGACAGACGCCGGAAAUUGUGGUUCAUGGAGAGCGUGGGUUCACAAACAUCUUUACCCCCGAUCUGGCCCCCGCAAACCUUGACCGCAUCCAAGAAUGGAUCGACCAAGGCCGCAUCGACCCAACCCGCCCCAUCACCGUCCGCGAACUCGCCCAAUCCCGCUGUAUCCACCAGCCCAAAGAAGGCGUGAAACUCCUCGGCCGUGGCGGCGAAGGCACCCUAAAACAACCUAUCCACAUCGUCGUCUCGCGCGCCUCUGCCUCCGCCAUCUCUGCGGUCGAGGCCGCCGGCGGCUCCGUGACGACCCGCUUCUACACGCGCUCCGCGAUCGUCCGAAUCAUGAACCGGGAGAUGCACCCGUUCGUCUCGAUGGCGUGGACUGCGCAGAGUGGCAGUGAGGAAUUGCACAAGGCAGAGGGUGCUGAGAGGGCUGAGGCGUUGACUGAGUCGAAUAUCAUGAAAGAGAUGGGAUUUCAGUACCGGUUGCCUGAUCCGACAAAGCGUCGGGAUGUUGAGUAUUAUCGUGAUCCGGCGCAUAGAGGGUACUUGAGUCAUUUGCUCAAGCCUAUGGAGGGUCCCAGUUUGUUCUUCCGCUCGCCAGUGGAGAGGAAGUCGACGGCGGGUGUUAAGAAGGAGAAGGUGUUGCCGGCGAACAGACUUUGGUGAUCGUUUUAUGGUUAGAUGGAUUAUGGAUAUCGGGAUUUGGCACAUCAUUGUAUAAAUAUUAUCAGGGAUAUGUAUCAAUGGAUGAUUUUCUCAACUACACUGAAGCGUUAAGUACUACUAGAGUGGAGCUUAUCUUAUGUUUCGCAAGUUGCUUUCAUUAGAGCGAGAGAAUCAUAAUAAUGAUAUGGAGCAGACUUUUGCGAUAACUCAGCAGAAUGGUAUAAAACGGAAG